AUGUUCACUCUGCAAGUAUUCUUUCUGGCGCUGGGUGUUGUCCUGGUUCGCCUUCUCUUCACCGGCAGGAGACCUAAAGGCUACCCACCUGGACCUCCUACCAUUCCCGUCUUGGGCAACAUUCACCUAAUGCCGAAGCGCGAUGCUCAUCUGCAAUUUCGCAAGUGGGCAGAUGAGUAUGGACCUGUCUACAGCCUCAUUCUCGGAACCAAGUCAUUCAUCGUCUUGUCAAGCGCUCAGGCCGUCAAAGAUCUUUUGGACAAGAAGAGUGCUCUUUACUCGGAUCGACAGGAAAUGUACGUUGGUCAGGUACUCGGUAGUGGUGGUCUCCGACUUCUAAUGAUGGGCUACGGUCAGACCUGGCGAUCAUUCCGCAAACUUGUUCAUUCCCUUCUCAACGUCGCAGCAGCCAAGAGCUAUGUGCCAUACCAAGAUCUCGAGAACAAGCAAAUGCUAUACGAGCUAGUUACUCAACCAGACCAAUUUCUCCAAAGCAUUCGACGAUACUCUAAUGCACUCACAACCACAAUGGUCUUUGGCUGGCGCUCACCCGUAUACCAAGACCCCAAGUUGAUGCAAUUAUUUGAUGGGUUUGCCGAUUUUGCAGAGAUCAAUCAAACAGGCAUUGCCGCUCUGCUAGAUUCUUUUCCUAUCCUCAGACGACUACCAGACUUCUUGCUCCCGGUGCAGAAGAAAGCUAAGGAACUUCAUAAAAAAGAGAAGGAUUUGUAUCUGAGCCAUUGGCUGAAGGCAAAGCAGGACAUCGCCAAUGGAACCAUCAAGCCAUGUUUUUGUGUCGGCUUGGCUGAAGCUCAGGAAAAGAACAAAUUUGAUGACGACCAAGCUGCGUAUAUCUCUGGAACACUCCUUGAGGCUGGAUCAGACACAACAUCCAGCACACUCUACGCCUUUGUGCAAGCUAUGCUUCUAAACCCAGAUGUACAGAGAAAGGCACAGGAUGAGAUUGACAAGGUGGUCGGCAACGCGCGCAUGCCCCAUAUGGAUGACGAGUCAAGUCUUCAGUACAUCCGUGCAUGCAUGAAAGAGACUCUUCGAUGGAUGCCAACGACUAUUUUAGGGGCAGUCCCUCACGCGGUCACGCAAGACGAUAUCUACAAUGGCUACCUCAUCCCUAAAGGAGCUGGUGUACUGAACAACGUAUGGGGAAUCCACAUGGACCCCGAACGUUAUCCCAACCCUCGACAGUUCAACCCUGAGAGGUACCUCGAUGAUUUUCAAAGCCUUGCAGACGCCGCCGCCAACCCUGAUGCCUCGAAGCGAGAUCAAUUCACUUUUGGUGCAGGUCGUCGUAUUUGUCCUGGAAUUCAUGUGGCGGAACGAAGUUUGUUUCUGGGCAUGUCGCGGAUUUUGUGGGCGUUCAAUAUUGAGCCUGUGCUGGAUGACAUGAGAAGACCAAUCCUGCCUGAUCCUGAUAAGUUGACGCAGGGCUUUGUCUGCAUGCCGGAGGAGUUCCCAGCAAAGAUUACACCGAGGUCAGCGGAGAAGAGAGACCUUGUGAUUGAGAGUUGGAGGAAUGCUGAGAAGGAACUACUUGAGCCUGACACAAGGCAAUGGCGAUAA